CUUCCGGCAAGGGCGGCGGCCAAACGCCCCCUGAUGUGGGGUGGGAGGGGAGAGCCCAGCUGCCAGGCCGGAUCAGCGACUCCCCAGCGGGGUGUGUGCGGGGAGAGCCCUUCCCCAGCGCCCCUCGGGGCCCAGCCGCGGGACUUUCUCCGGGGGCUGGAACCAGCCCCGGGCUCUGCCGACACCAGCCCCUGAGCCGAAGCCUGCAGCAGGUGAGAGGAUGGUGAGUGAGAACAAGAAGGAGAAUCAUCAACUGGAAGGUCCUGAGCAUGUGGAAACAGGUGAGAUGGUAUCAGGAAGAUCUGAAGGGGAUGUUUCUCAGUGUGCUGAACAGGGAGAAGCCCAUGAAAGUCAGUGCAAGCCAGAGAGGCAUCAGAGAAACCAUGCAAAGGAGAACCAGUGUAAAUCCACUCACAGGAGUCGAGUGGUCAAGAAAAUCAAAGAAACUGUUCAACAGAGAAUCCCCAGUGGAGAUAGACCCCAUACAUGCAGUUUCUGUGGGAAAAGCUUCUGCUGGAGAUCAGCCUUUAUUAGUCACCAGAGAACCCACACAGGAAACAGACCCUAUAAAUGCAAGGAGUGUGGGAGAAGCUUUAGUCAGAGCUCAACUCUCACUAUUCACCAGAGAAUCCACACUGGGGAGAGACCCUACAGAUGCAACGAGUGUGGGAAAAGCUUUAGUCGGAGUGGAAACCUUCUAGCACAUCAGAGAAUCCAUACUGGGGAUAGACCCUACAGAUGCAAUGAGUGUGGGAAAAGCUUUAGUCAGAAUGCAUACCUUCUAUCACAUCAGAGAACCCACAUGAAGGAGAAACCCUACAUAUGCAAUGAAUGUGGGAAAAGCUUUAGUCAUAGCUCACAACUUCUAUUGCACCAGAGAAUCCACACGGGGGAGAGACCCUACAUAUGCACUGAAUGUGGGAAAAGCUUUAGUCUGAGCUCACACCUUCUAUCGCAUCAGAGAAUCCACACGGGGGAGAGACCCUACAGAUGCAACGAGUGUGGGAAAAGCUUUAGUCGGAGUGGAAACCUUCUAUCACAUCAGAGAACCCACACGGGGGAGAGACCUUUCAAAUGCCCAACAUGUGGGGAAAGCUUUGUUCAGCUCUUGAAACUUGUUAGACACCAGAGAAUCCACACUGGAGAGAAACCCUAUAAGUGUAAUGAGUGCGGGAAGAACUUCAGUGACAGAUCCCACUUUAAUAAACAUCAGAGAGUCCACACAGGAGAGAAGCCCUUUAAGUGCCCUGAGUGUGGGAAAAGCUUUGGUUCAAGCUCAGAUCUUAUUAUACACCAGAGAAUUCACACAGGGGAGAAACCCUAUAAAUGCAUUGAGUGUGAGAGAAGCUUUGGUCGAAGCUCAGACCUCACUAGACAUCAGAGAAAACACACAGGAGAGAAGCCCUACAAAUGCCCCAAUUGUGGGAAAAGCUUCAGUGACAGCUCUGCCCUCACUAAACACCGGAGAAUCCACAGAGGGGAGAGACCCUACAGAUGCAAAGAGUGUGGGAAAAGCUUUCGUCACAUCUCAAACCUUCUAUUACAUCACAGAACCCACACAGGAGAGAGACCGUAUAAUUGUCCUGACUGUGGGAAAAGCUUCAGUCGAAGCUCAAAUGUUAUUACUCACCAGAGAAUACACACAGGGGAGAAACCCUUUAAAUGCCCCGAAUGUGGGAAAAACUUCAGUACACGUUCAGCCCUUACUGCACAUCAGAGAAUCCAUAGCAGAGUGAGACCAUUAUCAAUGUCUUGACUGUGGGAAAAGUUUCGGUAACAGCUUAGCUCCUAUAAUCUCCAGGGAACCCACACAGGGAGAAAUGCUACAAAUACAGUAAGUACAGGAAAAGUUUUAGUUGAACCUCACACAUUCUAUCACAUCAGAGAACCCACAUUGGAAAAAAACCCUAUAACUGCCCUGACUAUGGGCUAAACUUCAAUUGGAGAUAAACUGGUAUUAAGCAUUACAGAAUCCACACUGGAGACAGCCUGUAAAUGCUUUGAAUAUCAGGACCAGGCGAGGCUGGAGUGGCCAUGCAAUAAGGACGAACAAUAGUUGUUAAAACAGAGAUUGAAAUCCCCUUUCUAGAAGAGAGCCCUGUAGGAAAAGAGGCUGGGAUAAGAUUCCCAUGCUGUGAUGGGAUUUGUUUAUUACGUCUCAAGAAGUUCUGGACAUCCUCUCUUCAGCUCCUAAAUUUAUUUGGUGCUAGAAAGCUCUCUGAUAUUCUGUGACUUCUCAUUUAUUCGUCAUAGUUUUUUAGACGUGGAUCCACCAAGGGACUUAAGUGUUACAAUGCUGAGUGUUGUGAUACCACACUUCUAGACAAUCACAGAAACAACACUGGGAUCCACAAAGCCUAAGUUAGGCACCUGGGCUGUCUAUAAAAUGAAUGGGGAGAAAGAGACAUCUCAGAAUGUGAUUCACAAAACCAAGCAUGCUAGGUGGGGAGCCACCUAAGCUAGCCAAUGGGACAUGCUAAGGAGUCGGGGGUGUCUUGAGUCCUGCCCUUUUCUUGUACAUAGGUACCUAAGUCCAGGCUCCAGGGAAGCACCUGUCUCUUCUUGUGAUUCAUAAACUGGGGAUAAGUGCUCCUCUGCCGAUGGGGCCCCAUCCAGUUGGAGUGUUCCAAAGCCACCUAAUGCUACACAAAAUACCUGGGGUAUGGGAAAAGAGGACACGGACCUCUUUUAUACCCUUUAGCCCAGUAGUUGAGGUACGCACCCAGGAGGUUCAAGUCUCCUCUAUGCUGUUCAAAUCCCUUCACCUCCCCAAGUAAUCUGCCACCUCCCAAGUGAGUGCCCUAGCCACGAGAUAUUCAGAGGUGGAGGUAUUCCUCAAUCUCCUUUGUUGAACCUGGUCCACUGUAUAAAAGUAUUCAGCUAAGAGGUGGCAGAUUCUAUGCUAAUGAAGGAUUCCAAGAAAAGGAUGGAAAGGAAUUUCUUGUGAUGCCCAAAUGCACCUGCUGGAUGGACAGAAACUUGCUAUGACAGUUUGACCUGUCCAGUUAAUGAAUGACCACCUGCAAUAAAAGAAAAUGCCUCUCCAAAACGGACAAUGGAAACUUGCCUAAUAUGUCCUUUGGGGUAGAUUGAGUCCCCCCAUUACAACCGCAUGGAGUGAUAAUGCAUAAAAAAGGAUUGUCUAGCCCAAAACCUAAAUUCCCUGUAAGCUGUGUGGCAACAUGGCCGCGCAGAACCCUAUUUAGCGCUGCGCAAAUGCUUAGGGUACCCCCUCCCCCUCCGCCCCAACUCACCCUGCAGCCUGGAUUUGCCGUGGCCCAGAUCCAGGGAUGGCCAGAUUGGGCCCAGGCACAGCCAGAGCAGCCCGGACCCAGGAGCGGCCCGGGUGGCCCUCCCCCAGCUCAGACUUGCUGGGGCCGGGGGAGGGGCAGCUAUCCUGCAGCACCAGCCCCAGAGCUCCCGUGGUGGGGACAGGUGCCUCCUCCCCCUAAGCCCAGGUGCUGCUGUGGGGAGAGAGCGCUGGGGGGAGUCCUUUUUCCCCACUGUAGCCCUGGAGCACCCUCUUGCACCCCAAAAGCCUCAUCCCUGGCCCCACCCCAGAGCCUGCACCCCAGCUGGAGCCCUCACCCCCUGCAUCCAAUCUUCUGCCCCAGCCCUGAGCCCCUCAUCCUCAGCCCCAUACCAGAACCCGCACCGCCAGCCAGAGCCCUCACAGCCCUGCACCCCAACCCUGAGCCCCCUCCCACAAGAAUUCCUCAGCCCCACCCCAUCACAUGAAUUUUGUUAUGUGCACCAAUAUGAAGGUGACGUGUCACACAUCACCUCCAUAUUGGUGCACAUAACAAAAUUCAUUCCACACAUGUGUGGAAAAAUUAGAGGGAGCACUGCAAAAACCUCUGUCCUGCAAAAUCUACCUCCAGCAGAUUGUGAUCAGACUAUGAGCCCCUGAUUUAGAGAAAGCUGGGUCAUUCCACAUGAGAAGUGUUUGUUUAACUCUCCCUAAGAGCAACUUUCUUUGACUGAGAAACUCCAGAAUCCCAAUAAUAAGCAGCUUGGGGGAAAAGAUGUUUCCCAGAAGAAAAUCCUAAGCCAAGCUACAAAGAGGAAGACUUCACCCACAAAAAUAGAAGGGACUGAGAGGGUGAGCAGAGCCACUUCUUUAAAGAUCAGAAAAAAAUAGGAAAUCAGUGCCCAUUGCUAAAAUUCAACAGGUACUUUGUGUGCUUGGAAGAAAGAUAGACAUUAGUCUUGGAGCGUGUUUUCCUAGAAUACCUAAUCCACUGGAGUUCAGCUCUAUUCCAUAAAACCAGACUUUUGGACUGGUAGGAACUCUUACUUGGAAAAUACCAAAGUCAUAUAAACCUAUCAACUUCCAUCCAACUAUGAAAAAUAUCCCAAUUAAAAAUAGUAAAAAGGAAAUGAAUCAACUAGAAAUUGGAAAAAGAAAUAGAGCCUUAAAGUAGACUAAGGCUAUGUCUACACUGCGCAGCUUACAGCGGCACAGCUGUGCCACUAACGCCUUGCCACUGUAAGGCACCCAGUGUAGCUGCUGUUUGUUGGCAGGAGAGAGCUAAGAACACUCCCUCAACCGUCUUGAUUAACUUUAAUUUGAAUAUGUAGUGUUGUCAUAGCCAUGUGGGUCCCUGGAUCUUAGAGAGACAAGGUGGGUGAGAUAAUAGCUUUUACUGGGCCCACUUCUGUUGGUGAGAGAGACAAGCUUGAAAUCUUUCCCAACAAAAAAUAUUAUUUCAUCCACCUUGUCUCGUUAAAUUGAAUUACCGUUGGAUUAAUUAAACUGCUUUUCGAACUUUCACGCUUGUAAACUUGCCUAUUAACUCCACCAAAUCAGAGUUAAUCCUCUUGGCUCUGAACUGUUGUAUAAUAAUCACUUUGGGUGAUUCUUGUACCACAGCUUGCACAGGGUUCAUUAUAAUUAUUUUCCAGCUAAACACGUCUAAACAAUGCUGAAUUUUCAACUGUAAUAAUUAUAUAAUUGUGAAUUGUUAGCUUCACAAUGCUACCUUCAUAAGAUAGAAGAAAGAGAAAUAGUAAGAGUUUUACUAGAUUUUGUUAAAGUUGUCACUACUUUCACUUCUCGCAUCCUAUCCAAUUUAUCUAGUUUUGUCCAAAUUCAUUUUUAGUUUAAAAGUUUUAGUAGCAAGUUGAAUCUCCUUGUUGUAUACCAGUUAUUAUACUGAAUUUAUACUUGGUUAUCUGAUACUGUUUCUUUAAGUUUAACUGUUUAAUUCCAUCAAUAAUGCUUAGCUACUAGUUAAACUUAAUUAGGAUAAACAACCUCUGGAUUUUUUAGUAUCCCAAAUAAUUAAGUGCAUACCAUUGUGGUUAAUCCCCAUAGCUUUUUGAACUUUAUACUCAGUUUUAUAACACUAGUCCAUUUAAUACUUGCUUUCUAUUUUAGAAUGUCAUAUUUAAUUAAGAGGUUAUUUUAAGAAUAGGUAAAUUGCUUUACUUAUUUUAUUUACCAUUUUCAUCUGGUGUGUCUCAUUUGCAUAAUCCUUAUUGAUUUGAUUGUUUGUUGGUUUCUUCUGUCAUUUCUGAUUACUUAAAUAAAUUCUUCUUUAUUGAAAGCCACGUACAGUGGUUUAUUUUACAACAUUGUUUAGGAUGGGUGGAGAAGAAUCCUUAGUAAAUUUUUAUGUGGUUACUGCCUGAGUGCAGUCUCAUUAAUAACCAUAAUCAAUAAUUCCAUCUUUUGAUUUGGUGUUCCUGAGCUAGUCAGAUGAGAAAGCCAUUAAUUCAUAAUUCCAAUGAAUUACUGUGUAAUUCCAUCUAAUUAGUCGCCUGGGCAGCUGGCAGCUGCAGGGUCCCCCGCACCAGGUUGUCUGGGAUCUGCGAGGGCGGGGCUGGCUGGGAGCUCCAAUCCCAGGGCAGAAAAUGUCAUGGAGGUCAAUGGAAGUUACAGCUUCCAUGACCUCUGUGACAUAAUCGUAGCCUUGCUUAUGAACCAUUUUCCUGGACACUUGGAGGUCAGGAGAAAGGAGCUGUUGGGCUAGGCCCUACAUAACUGCAGAUUUGCAGUGGAGUGGGCAUUUGGCAGACUGAAGGGAAGGAGGAGGAGCCUUCUGAGAAGGCUGGAGGCUGAUGAGCAAUGUCUGCCUCAUGUGAGAGGUACUUGCUGUGUUUUGCAGAACAUCCUUGAGAGUAUGGGGGAGAUUCUCACUGAUGGCUGGGAGGGAGAUGGGGAGGGCAGGGACUUUCUGUAUGCUAUGAAUAGCCAGAGAGAGGACUUCUACAAGGUGCCCCAAGUAGUCAGGGAGAUAAUGUGCUCAGAUGUCAGAAGGUAGUGGUAGAAAAUGAAUGACCCAUAACCAAGGAAAUGAAUGCAGGGUGUUUGUGUUAGGAUUUUAUUAAUAAUUGACAUUAUUUGGGAAGAAGCUGUACCCAAGUGACAUUUUUCAGCUGAGUUAUACAUGGUAAAAUCCCUAUUGAUUUAACAUAACACAGGGCACAUUUCAAACCAGUGGACCUGUGGCACAACACGCCCAAAGUGCUGCAUGCCCACACGGCUGUGCUGGUGGGCUUACAAAAAUGAGUAGGUGGAAACUGUUCUCCCUGUCUUGGUGGGUGAAAUGGGGUGGGCAGGACCUGCCAUUUAGGUUAGAGAAAGGGACUCCCAGUAUCCUGUGUUCCCUACAGGCUGCAGGAAAUGACUAGGCUGGGUUGCUCCCUAUGAACAUAGUGUCACAAUGUUCUCCAGCAGAGUUGUUCACCUCUGCAUUGUGACCAACAUCCUUUCCUGUGUGCACGGCCAGCCUUAGGGAAUAUAGCGCCCUUGGAAAACUUGUAUUUUGGCUGCCUGGCCCCUGCUCCCUCCCCAUUGCCUCCCCUGCCCAUUGCCCCGGCCCCCACUGCCUCCCGCCCCAUUGGCCCAAGUUCUCUUCCAUGACCUCGCACUCUAAUUCCGCCCCACUUCUUGCCUUUUGACCAUGGCACCCCCCCGAGCAUGUCAUUCACCCAUAGGGCCGGCCCUGCUCUGCAGUGACUCACAUCUGGAUGCCACAGUGAUGGGCAUCCUAGGAAACCCCAUAGCAGUCACUUUGUCCUCCCCAGCCAGUGCUACAGGGACCCCCUCAUCUGCUCAUUGAGCAGGACAGACAAGAUAAUGUAUGUCAGGGUUCCCUCCCCACUCUGAACUCUGGGGUACAGAUGUGGGGACCUGCACCCCCUAAGCUUAUAUUCCACCAGCUCAGGUUAAAAACUUCCCCAAGGCACAAAUUCCUUUCCUUGUCCUUGGAUGGUAUUGCUGCCACCACCAAGUGAUUUAAACAAACAUUCAGGGAGCGGCCACUUGAAGUCCUAUCCCCCCCCCCAAAAAAAAUAUCCCCCAAAGACCCUUCACCCUGUUUUCUGGGGGCAGGAGCUUGAGAAUAAUAUAUCAACCAAUAGGUUAACAAAGUGAGCACAGACCAAAUCCCUGGUUUUUAGGACACUGAAAAUCAAUCAGGUUCUUAAAAGAAGAAUUUUAUUUAAAAAAAAAAAGUAAAAGAAUCACACCUGCAAAAUCAGGAUGGAAGAUAACUUUACAGGAUAAAUAAAAAGAUUUAAAACACAGAGGAUUCCCCUCUGACUCUGCUUUCCAGUUAAAGAACAGGAAUAAAAUUGCCACUUAGCACAGGGAAAAUUCACAGGCUAAAACAAAAGAUAAUCGAACACAUUUCCUUCCUAUUACUUACAAUUUCUGUAAUUUUAGAUGUAUCAUUUCAGGAUCUUUUUAGGAGCUGGGUUACCUGCUUGGUCUCUCUCUUGGUCCCGAGAGGGAACCAACAAAGAGAACACAAACAAAACCUUCCCCCAGAUUUGAAAGUAUCUUCUUUCUCCAUUGGUCCUUCUGGUCAGGUGCCAGCUAGGUUAAUUGAACUGAUUAACCCCUUACAAGUAAGUGAUUCUGUAACUCUGGCCAGGAGGGAUUUUAUGUUACUGCAUACAUAAAGGUUGUUACCUUUCCCUUUAUAUUUAUGACAAUGUAGUAGGCAGUCUGCCCUCACUGACAGGGUGAGCGGGCUCUGGGGCAGAGUUCAUAGAAUCAUAGAAUAUCAGGGUUGGAAGGGACCUCAGGAGGUCAUCUUGUCCAACCCCCUGCUCAAAGCAGGACCAAUCCCCAACUAAAUCAUCCCAGCCAGGGCUUUGUCAAGCCUGACCUUAAAAACUUCUAAGGAAGGAGAUUCCACCACCUCCCUAGGUAACGCAUUCCAGUGUUUCACCACCCUCCUAGUGAAAAAGUUUUUCCUAAUAUCCAACCUAAACCUCCCCCACUGCAACUUGAGACCAUUACUCCUUGUUCUGUCAUCAGCUACCACUGAGAACAGUCUAGAUCCAUCCUCUUUGGAACCCCCUUUCAGGUAGUUGAAAGCAGCUAUCAAAUCUCCCCUCAUUCUUCUCUUCCGCAGACUAAACAAUCCCAGUUCCCUCAGCCUCUCCUCAUAAGUCAUGUGUUCCAGUCCCCUAAUCAUUUUUGUUGCCCUCCGCUGGACUCUUUCCAAUUUUUCCACAUCCUUCUUGUAGUGUGGGGCCCUAAACUGGACACAGUAUUCCAGAUGAGGCCUCACCAAUGUCGAAUAGAGGGGAACGAUCACGUCUCUCUAUCUGCUGGCAAUGCCCCUACCUAUACAUCCCAAAAUGCCAUUGGCCUUCUUGGCAACAAGCGCACAGUGUUGACUCAUAUCCAGCUUCUCGUCCACUGUAACCCCUAGGUCCUUUUCUGCAGAACUGCUGCCGAGCCAUUCGGUCCCUAGUCUGUAGCGGUGCAUGGGAUUCUUCCGUCCUAAGUGCAGGACUCUGCACUUGUCCUUGUUGAAUCUCAUCAGAUUUCUUUUGGCCCAAUCCUCUAAUUUGUCUAGGUCCCUCAGUAUCCGAUCCCUUCCCUCCAGCGUAUCUACCUCUCCUCCCAGUUUAGUGUCAUCUGCAAACUUGCUGAGGAUGCAAUCCACACCAUCCUCCAGAUCAUUUCUGAAGAUAUUAAACAAAACCAGCCCGAGGCCCAACCCUUGGGGCACUCCACUUGAUACCGGCUGCCAACUAGACAUGGAACCAUUGAUCACUACCCGUUGAGCCUGACAAUCUAGUCAACUUUCUAUUCACCUUAUAGUUCAUCCAUCCAGCCCAUAUUUCUUUAACUUACUGGCAAGAAUACUGUGGGAGACGGUGUCAAAAGCUUUGCUAAAGUCAAGGAACAACACAUCCACCGCGUUCCCCUCAUCCACAGAGACAGUUAUCUCGUCAUAGAAGGCAAUUAGAUUAGUCAUGCAUGACUUGCCCUUGGUGAAUUCAAGCUGACUGUUCCUCAUCACUUUCCUCUCUUCUAAGUGCUUCAGAAUUGAUUCCUAGAGGACCUGCUCCAUGAUUUUUCCAGGGACUGAGGUGGGGCUGACUGGCCUGUAGUUCCCAGGAUCCUCCUUCUUCCCUUUUUUAAAGAUGGGCACUACAUUAGCCUUUUUCCAGUCAUCCGGGACUUCCCCCGAUCGCCAUGAGUUUUCAAAGAUAAUGGCCAAUAGCUCUGCAAUCACAUCCACCAACUCCUUUAGCACUCUUGGAUGCAGCGCAUCCGGCCCCAUGGACUUGUGCUCGUCCAGCUUUUCUAAAUAGUCCCGAACCACUUCUUUCUCCACAGAGGGCUGGUCACCUCCUCCCCAUGCUGUGCUGCCCAGUGCAGUAGUCUGGGAACUGACCUUGUUCGUGAAGACAGAGGCAAAAAAAGCAUUGAGUACAUUAGCUUUUUCCACAUCCUCUGUCACUAGGUUGCCUCCCUCAUUCAGUAAGGGGCCCACACUUUCCUUGGCUUUCUUCUUGUUGCCAACAUACCUGAAGAAACCCUUCUUGUUACUCUUAACAUCUCUUGCUAGCUUCAACUCCAGGUGUGAUUUGGCCUUCCUGAUUUCACUCCUGCAUCCCUGAGCAAUAUUUUUAUAUUCUUCCCUGGUCAUUUGUCCAAUCUUCCACUUCUUGUAAGCUUCUUUUUUGUGUUCAAGAUCAGCGAGGAUUUCACUGUUAAGCCAAGCUGGUCGCCUGCCAUAUUUACUAUUCUUUCUACACAGCGGGAUGGUUUGUCCCUGUAACCUCAAUAAGGAUUCUUUAAAAUACAGCCAGCUCUCCUGGACUCCUUUCCCCCUCAUGUUAUUCUCCCAGGGGAUCCUGCCCAUCAGUUCCCUGAGGGAAUCAAAGUCUGCUUUUCUGAAGUCCAGGGUCCGUAUUCUGCUGCUCUCCUUUCUUUCCUGUGUCAGUUGUACUUCUCUUGCACCUCCCAACCUCUCCCACUCAUCACGGCAUCCAGCUUCUCUGCCAGAGCACCAGAGGGUCAGCAGCCCAAGGGGAGGUGCAGUGACAGGAGGGCACCAGGGGGUUGUGGUGGCAGGGGAGCAUGGUGACCUGAGAGCCCCAGAAAGGGGAGAGGGAGCCAGAGGAGUACAGAUAAGAGUCUCAGAGGUGUGGGGAAUAAGGGGCAGGGUGGGGGGCUCCAGAAAGGCAGAUCUCUCCUACACCCCAAUACUGAGCAACCCUAAUAUUCAAGUGCCCCUCCCCAGUCCCAGGGAAGGUGGGUUAUUGGGGGAGGGGAGGUUAAAAUGCAAAUGGUCCAGCACACUGGAGGUAGCUAGGGUGGGUGGUGAGAGCUGAGGAGCAUGCAGAACUGGGAGGUCAGUGUGUGGCAUGCGGGAGGGGGACCUCAAAGACACGGAGAACACCCUGAGAACUGGGGAGAAUGGGAGGGGACCCUGAGAA